UCUAAACGCAGUUGUUAAAAACGAAUCAAACAAAUUGUUCGCACGAUAGCAUAUGGUUAAUUGAAAUCAUUACGAUAUUUAUUCUUCUGGUAAAAGUGAAGUGACAUGGAUUCGUUCAGCUGGAGUCCAAACAGGAGAAAAAUAAACUGUGAUAGUAUAAUGAUGCUGAGUCCCAUUACAAAAACACCAAUACGUCAAAGCGGCAUUAGAUUAAAAACUAGUUAUCAGAAUCACACCAACAACUUAUCUCUUCUACCACAUCACAUCACACCACCAUCAGGAUUAACGAAAUUUAUUGCCAGAAACCCAUUUGAAGCAGAGCUGACGAGUAAACUGCACGUUUCAGUUAUGAGUCCAACAGUGUUUAGUAAGGUUCCCAAUUCAUCUCAUAAAAAAUCUCCUGGUUUUACGUGGAACAUUGAUGAGUUGGCAUUGAUACAUCCUGCCAAAAUUGAUGAAUUCCCUAUGCAACAGACGUACUGUUCAGAUCCAGAAUCUGAAAUACAUGCACAAGAAGCAAUAAGUAGGUUUUUCAGUGAAAAUCAAAUUGUUCCUAGUCCUUAUGAUGACAAAAAUAACGAUUACAACAAACGAGAUGACAUGGAAACUCCAGUAAAGAGUCAAGAACAGUUAAAUUUAUCCAAAGAAAUAUUGAGGCAAAAGAAGGAAAAAAAAGACAACUCGGCUCAAACAAUUUUAACUCUACCUCCAAUACUGCCACCACAUGUAGAAGAAAUACUCAAACCUUAUUUUAAUUUUACACAGGACCAAAAUUGUGAAACUGAAGAAGCUAACAACAGUAAUACAUCUUUGAGGAGAAAAUUAUUCUUUAACAAUGACGAUUCUCAGGAUGAUUCGAGCAAUUCGAUUUCAACACCUCCAAAACGAUCUAAAAGUCCUCUGAAUCAUGACUUGAGCCCACCCCAGAGUGGAAUGUUCUUCCAUGGUACUCCAAUAAAAAGUGCUUCUCAGAUCGUUCAAAGGACUUAUGGAAGUCCACUAGCUUGUAGCCACACGUCUUCACCGUGCGAUGUUUCACCAAUAAGCAAUCCUGUUGGAUUUAACAUGUCCUGCCAAAGUAUCAAGUCUCGUAAAUCAGUGGCCAAGCUUGACUUUACCAACGAUAUGAGUAUUGAUAUUGAAGAUUACAAAAACAAGGAUGAUAAAAUCUUGUGUGAAACUCUAUUUUCCUCUGAGGAAAUAAAGAUGUCAGGAACAGUAUCUCAUCAUCACUCUGACAACGAUACUUAUAAUGACAUCACUCAGAUGGCCAUAUCUUAUGAAAACUCGGUGGUGUUCAGGUACGAAAAUAAGGAGAACAUUGCUCCAAAUAUGUUGAACGGGACUAGUAAAUCAAAGUGUAUCGAAGACAGUAAGAUGCCCUUCAACGAAAACUAUGCUCUACAACAGAGCAAAAUGUUGUCUGGCAAUUAUGUAAAGCAAAUGGCAUCCAGUUCACAUCACGAUACUGGUUAUCAAACCUACAGUAGUAGCAGUAAUUUAACUAGCAACAUUACAAAUACUGAUAGCUACAGUUCUCUGACCAAGCAGAAGCAACGCUGGAAUGAACGGACGACUCACACCGACGAAGACGUUCAAUUGACAGACUGGGAGAACGCAAUGAACAUGAUAAGUUCGACUCCCUCAAAGUAUAACAGAGGCAUACAUAACUUUUAAUGAUUUUUUAGCAACAAUUAACUUGAAUUUGUACAUAUUUUACUUUUGAAAAAAAUUGAAAAUACUCAGUGUCUUUCAAGAAUAAUUGGACAACAAAGAGUGACUUCUAAAUCGCGCAGAUAAAAUUUUAGGAUGCACAUUAUGCACCUCAAAGUCAAAAGUACAGAAUAUCUUUGAUCGGAUGUGUUGUAGCGAUACAUCUGUGAUAAGCAUAAGAUCUGAAGCUGAACCCACUCAGCUC